GGUCCCUGCACCAGCUCACUGGAAGUUUUCAAUGACAAAUAAACAAAAUGCAAUAUUCAUGAUGUCAUGCCAGUACACUCCCUUUCCAUUUUUCUGUCUGCCUCUCUCUGUACUGAAUGCCCCCACCCCCUUAGCCUCUUUCUUGCCUGGAUUUGGAUUUAACUAAACAUGGACCAGCCUCCAGCUUUCCAAUCUGCCUGCUCGGCCUUUAAAACUAGGCAAUGCUUGGGUUGGCUGCAGCACACAGAGAGAGCUGUGUGUUUUGUUUUAGAGUUGCUUGCAUUCCUCCAUGAAAGAGGACUGUGUGACAGGUCACAGGACCAGGCCUUGUGACUGAGGCGAGCAGUGAUGGGAUGGUUUGAAGUCGAGCAGGAAAGGGCCUUUGCUGUGAAAGGAAAUGCCCCAGUGGGUAAGAAUCUGCUGCUGUCCAAGGCCAGAGUCCAGGCUGGAGAGCCUCGAGUGUUCCAGGAAGGCUUCCUUUGAGCUGACUGAGGUCACUGAGUCGCCAAGAAGUCCAUUUGUCUGCGAGCCCCGCCUGUACCACACGCUGCAGGCCCGGAAACUCACUGGGCACAGGAACCGCAGCAACAGCAUUCCGAUAGGGUGCAAGAACUACACACAGGGUCACCAAUGGCAAAGUGGCCUACGAUUUGGAACAGCAGCCUCUUACCUAAACCUAGAGAAACUGGGGGAAGGAUCUUAUUCUACGGUGUACAAGGGGAUUAGCAGGAUAAAUGGCAAUCUUGUCGCCUUGAAGGUAAUUAAGAUGCAGGAAGAAGAGGGAGUUCCUUUUACUGCAAUGCGUGAGGCAUCCCUUCUGAAGGGCUUGAAGCACAGCAAUGUGGUGCUUCUGCAUGACAUUAUCCACACACAGGAAAACCUGACCUUCGUGUUUGAAUAUGUGCAAACAGAUCUUGCCCAGUAUAUGACACAGCAUCCAGGAGGUCUACACACACACAACGUUAAGCUCUUCCUCUUUCAACUGCUGCGUGGCCUGGCAUAUAUCCAUCGCUGCCACAUUCUGCACCGCGAUCUCAAACCGCAGAACCUGCUCAUCAGCUGUGUUGGAGAACUCAAACUUGCUGAUUUUGGAUUAGCAAGAGCGAAGUCUGUGCCCAGCCAGACAUACUCCUCACAGGUGGUGACCCUGUGGUAUCGUCCCCCAGACAUUCUUCUCGGGGCCACAGAUUAUUCCACUGGCUUGGAUGUAUGGGGAGCUGGCUGUAUAUUCAUUGAGAUGAUAGAAGGUUCGCCGGCCUUCCCUGGUGUGUCUGACAUCAGAGAGCAGCUCCAAAGAAUCUGGGCAGUCUUGGGGGUUCCCACAGAGGAGAGUUGGCCCGGAGUCACUGCCCUCCCAAACUACAAGACAGAGCAACCUUUACCACACCCACCUCAGAAACUUGGCCACAUUUGGAAAAGAUUGGGCCUAGUUCCACGAGCAGAGAGCCUAACUUCACAGCUCCUCCAGUGCUAUCCAAGGGACAGGAGUUCUGCAGAGGAAUCCCUUGCACACCAGUACUUCAGCACUCUCCCCUCUGCACUGUUCCAGCUCCCUGACAUGGUUUCCAUCUUUAGCGUGGCCGGAGUUCGGUUGGAGCCUGAAGCCCGGAAUGCUUUCCAUCCUUUCCGAAAGGACAAGUGCACAUCAAUUCUUGCCUAAUGUGGAAAAUGAAAGGUACAGAUUAAUUUUUUUGUGAGAUACCCACAUUCGACUAUGCUAACAAUCAAGAGUCAGAAGACCAUUUGAUUGUGUCCUGGCCUCAUCUUCCGAAGCUCAUUGUGGAUUGACUUCUGCACUGCUCUAUCCGGGAGUGUUUGAUGGGAUGCUGCAGAGGAACUUCGCUAUAUAUUAAAUGUAAUUCAACUUAUCCUGGAAAUGCUUGAAGGGACAAGGCAAAAGGGUAGUUCACUCUGUACCUUACUGCUCUUGUGCCUGUCCUGCAAAUGUUUAAUUGGGCAGUUUAAAGCUAGGUAUAAUCAGUACCUUACCCUUGUUGUGCCUGCCCUGGGAGUGUAUGACAGUGUAGAGGAAGUUUUACUCUUAUGCAUUACUCCCCCUGAGUUUGAUAGGACAGGGCAAAAGGAAAUUUGCUCUGUCCCAAACGUUUGCUGUACCUGCACUAGGAAUGUUUGAUGGAACCGUGUAGAGAGUGCUAUAUUCUGUAUCUAAUCCAUGCUGUACCUAUUCUACUGGUGUAGUGUUGAUUGGUAGUAAUUCAGAUGAUUGUCAUUUUUCAUUUUGAAGAUCUGUUUCCACUGAGGAGCUUAUGUUAUAAAUACCAUUUGAAACAAAACGCACAAUGUUGUAACUUUAUGGUUGGGGGAAUCAUCGUGGAUUAAUUGGAGAGAUGUCACCCUCAUGUGGAUCCAGUUUUUGGGGAUUAAAAUUGGACCACAGACCCACACCUGUUUCUGGUGACUUAAGAACUAUCUUUAUGGACCAGAUAAGUGAGCGAUGCCCAUCUUGGUAGCCUACGAUCAACCACCAUCCAGCAUCCAUUUGAAGAGAUUUAUACCUUAAUAAAGUGAGGCGGUUGGCUGACAUCCUUGGAUCCCAUAUCACACUGAGGGAUUGGGCUGGGAAUAUGAGAGAUUAAAUUGAACAUAAACUG